GAACCAAUACAACCAGUUCACUCCUUCGUCACUAAAGCAAGAAAAAGACGAUGGUACGACUACUGCCAACCUAACGGAUGCCUCUCCACCAGAAAGCCUGCCCGAAUAUGACCUACCGCCACCGAGGAAAAUCGACGAAUACAUCAGAGCGGAGUUGCCAUGCUUCAGCAAAAGGGCCACGGUGGCGUUGCUCAGCUGUUUGGGCUUUAUCAUUAUGUUUGGGAUGAGAACAAGCAUGGGUCUAGUCAAAAUUAAAAUGAAUAAUACAUGGACGCCGGAGACACUGUCGGCCGUAGACGCCGCCAUUUUUUGGGGAUACUUCGUAACGCAGAUACCCGGUGGUCUAAUAGCGGCAGCCUAUCCAGCCAAUAAAUUAUUUGGAGCUGCCAUAGCGUCCUCCUGUGUUCUGAAUCUUAUUAUUCCUGCCCUUUACCAAAAACCGGACUUUCUUAUAGUUGUUAAAGUUAUGCAGGGACUAGUAGAGGGUGUUACAUAUCCAGCGUGCCAUGGCAUAAUGAGGCAUUGGGCUCCUCCCUUGGAGAGGUCACGUUUGGCGACCCUUGCCUUCAGCGGCUGUUAUGCUGGGGUAAUGUUUUCAAUGCCUAUAUCUGGCGAACUUAUUGAACAUUUCGGAGUGCUAUCCCCCUUUUAUUUCUACGGCGUGUUAGGAAUUUUCUGGUAUAUGUCUUGGCUAUGGUUGGUGUUCGAAAAACCGACGUAUCAUACAUGUAUAAGUAUGAAAGAAUUGGCCUUCAUAGAACAUUCGCUAGGAACAGCGCAACAAACUUACAUAACUCCGACGUUAACCAAUACACCUUGGAAGUCGUUUUUCAAAUCAAUGCCUUGUUACGCCAUUUUUGUGGCGAACUUCUGUAGAUCGUGGAACUUUUAUUUAUUGGUGUUGUUCCAGGCGUCAUAUUUUCAAGAUUCCUUCCAUUCUGGAAUGACAGAGAAUGCCUUAUUAGGAGCUCUACCGCACUUAUUAAUGACAUUUAUAGUUCCUACAGGAGGAAUUCUAGCUGAUAGGUUAAGAAAGAGAGGGAUACUAACUACAACUCAAGUUAGAAAACUCUUUAAUUGUGGAGGAUUUGGUAUGGAAGCCA